AUGACUGUGGGCCUUGAGAAGAUGACAACACAAAUUGCGAGCAACCUUCUUGGAAAACCAGAAUACCGCCAGAUUAUUUCAAUUGCUGGAAUGCCUGGACCUGGGAAGACUACUUUAGCGAAGAAAAUACACAAAGAUUCCAAUGUUCGGCACCAUUUUGAGAAGCUUUCAUGGCGUGUUGUUCCUCAAACUUAUAAUAAGAGAAAGCUGUUGAUAGACAUUUUGAGCUCCUUAAGUGACCUUGACAGAGACUACAUUUCAGAAAUAGAAGAUGAAGGAAAGCUAUUUCCAGAGGAUAGAAAUGGAAGCAGAAUAUUGUUUACCAGUCGGCUGAAAAAUGUGGCACCGGAAAUUUCACAUGUUAUCAUUGAACCUCCUCUCUUGUCUACAGAUGGAAGUUGGGAUUUAUUAAAGAAGAAUGUGUUCAAGAAAGAACGUUGCCCUCGGGAAUUGCAAGAUAUUGGAAUGCAAAUUGCAAAAAAUUGUCAUGGACUCCCGCUUUCAGUCGUUACGAUAGCUGGAGUUCUUUCAAAUAUGGAGAAGCAAGCAAGCUCAUGGCAGCGAGAAGACGAGGAAAUUCCAGUUCCGCGGCUAUUAUUACUAUGGAUAGCUGAAGGAUUCGUAGAAAAAAAGGAGCAAAAGAGCCUAGAAGAUGUAGCAGAGGAGUACCUCACAGACCUAAUUAAUAGGAGUCCGCUGCAAGUUGGCAAAAGAAAAGUUGACAAUGGAGUGAAAGCUCUUAAAUGCACAUCUCCAGACAAUCGUUGCCCUGAUCUCAACUUUCUUCUACAGCUUGAAUCACUCUAUAUGAUUUGUAGAGGCAUAUUCAAAGGUGAUUACUCAGUUGUUAACUUUCCCAGGAAUAUCAGAAAGCUAACUCUUUCUAAAUUCGGUUUGCCUUGGGAAAAAAUGUCAUUAAUUGGGACAUUGCCCAACUUGAAGAUUCUGAAAUUAGAAGAAGAAGCUUUUGAAAGAGAAAUUUGGGACACCAAGGAUGAUGAAUUCCAAAAACUCAAAUUCCAUAAAUUAUAUUGCCUAGAUCUCAAACAAUGGAAUUCCACAGAUGAUCAUUUCCCUGUACUUGAACGAUUGGUGUUUCGAACUUGCAAAAAUUUGGAGAUAAUUCCUCUUGAAUUCAGCCAUAUUCAAACACUACAAACGAUUGAGUUAUAUUAUUGCGGCAAAAACGUAGAAAGUUUAGCCCUGGAAAUUCGUGAAGAACCACAAGACUAUGGUAACGAAGAAUUUGAGGUUACCAUCUUUGAUCGAGAUUCCUUGACAUCUCAAACCCAAUGUGAAGUUAUGACUUCUUUAUUGCAAGUAAAAUUAAAUAAUGAUUCGGUUGCAACUGUACUUAAUGGGAGAGAACAUAAGAACUUUUUGUCGGGUUGCUCAAUCUCAGAUUGUGAAAGACGCAAGAUCCAAAAUGGUGCAUAUGACACCCAAAGCUUUAAGCUGCCAAAUUCAUCUUUGCUGAAGUUUCAGCCUCUUGCUAGACUUUCUGAUCUACCUCCUACAGCUCAAUCUGCUGUCUCCUACAACCUUCUGAUCUUAUGCUAA